AUGUACAACGAGUCUAUGGCCUACAACUCCAUGGGCCAUGCACCAAAGCAACGGAGGCCGCAGGCCGCGACGACGGGACAAAUCUUCAGCCUGUCUCUUUCCACCCCUGACUCAAACAAGAUUCGCGGCCCGUCACAGACGCCUGCCCACCCCACAUUGACUUCAGAGGUCAGCAGCAAGGCCACCAUCUUUGCCAUCGCUGCUGGGCUUCGUUCUGGCAACGGGAUGUGGGCGGUGGGGGCGAUCCGAUCUGGCAGGCAAAGCGCCACAGCCUCCUGCGAUGGGGUUGCUGCGCUCUAG